AAAGAAGAAAACUACUGCUGCGCGAUUUAUUUAGAUCGAUGGGUUUUGGUGGUGUAUGAUUACUUUUGCCUUAUAUUCAAGAAAUUUUGCAAGAUUGUGAAUAGUUGUGAUUGGGAUCAGCGUUUUCUUUACAGUUAAUCCAUACACAUAAACGCAGCAAAAUGGGAAAUGAAAAUUCAAUUCCGAUGGAACUAUGUUCAAAUUGUGAGUAUUAUUGAUUCAGUUACUUUGACCAGUCUGCUAUUUCCUCUUCUUAUAUGAUUUUACUAAUUUUGAUUUUCAAUGAGGUUUUACAGCUUUGUACUUGUCUGCCUUCAAUAUAAUCAUUCAUAAGUAUUAUAACAUGCUUGUGUGAUGAUAACAAUAAUAAAAAUAAUACCUAAAAAAUUAACAAUUCCUUAAUUUAUUAUAUUAUUAAUAAUUAACGCUUUCUAUUUUCUAUGUAUUAUCAUUAAGUAUGGCUGACUUUUUCCUCCUAUUAAUUGAGAACGUAAAAGGCAGUACGUUGUGAUAGUGAGGACCACAUAAGAAUGUAAGAUAUAGGGUAUGCAAAUGAACCGUAACAAGAGAUUUGUUUUCAGCACGUGUUAACUGCAUUGAUUUUAAGGUGGAGAACUGUGAGUGUCGUAGUGUCACUCGCCCGCCUCCAAUGUUCAUCUCCAUGUUAGAGUAUUGCACUCACACCUGCUAGUCCAGAACAAUUUUUCUAUUCCAAUAAUUAAUAUUCUUUUAACACAAUACUUAUAGAGAAAUUAUUCUUGUGUCAAAAAUCUGAGCUGCUGAAGGUUGUAUUAUAUUAUUAAAAAGUUUCAUUCAACUGAACAGCUGUCAAAUUUAUAUUUUUAUUUAUUGACACUAAACUUCUGUUCUUUUGCAAAUUUAUGUUCUUGUCUCUAUUUCUUACCUAUGACUCGCAACAACCUGAAUAAAAAAAGACAGCUUUAAAUCUACUGUGCAGUUGGAACAGUUUUUAAUGAUGAAGCUAAAAAUAAAUGUGCAUAAUUCCUCCACCUUGAUGCUGAGUUGUCAGAAAAUUGUUCUGGAUAAAACAUGUUUGCAUAAACUCCAUAGUUUUGUUUGGUUAGUGCAUCUUAUGUCACAUUUUGGCCUCUAGUGGAAAUGGUGUGUUAGCGUACUUGCUAUGAAUGUUAAAAUAGAUUGCUACAAUGCUGCCACUCAGGUGCGAGGAAUCUAUGCAAAUGGGAGAGGUCAGCUGUAUAACUCUAUUCUCCGCUCGCCUGAGACAAGGUUGUCUCUGUAACAAUUGUAAUAACUUGAUGUACUGCAUGUAAUAUUUAUUAAAAUGUUUGUAUAGAUGAUUAAAUGUAACAAGACAUUUAUCUUUAUUAGUUUUAUAGUUUGUUACAUGUUGCAACCUUGAUUUGUAUUUGAAUAUUAUACUGUAACAUUGUUGAUGCAGCUGUCGUGUGGCUGUAACAGUAAUAGGUCAGACAUGGUGGUGUUACGGCUGACCUUUCUUGCGGCUUGUUAGUAUUGUUGUUUCGGUGUCAGCGCCUGUCGACGGCUGUUUGUGUGUUUAUACAAUCGUUAGAAGUGGGGGCGGCGCGGGGGCGGGACGGGAACCCGUCACUAUUAUAUUGUUGUUUGAAUUGAUAGCUGUUAUAUUUUCUUUCAAUAAAUUAAUAAUCACCAAGAAACAAUUAGAGCAAGAGAUCAAGUGAUAAGUGAAUUUUAACGAAAUUGUAAGGAAAUAACAGGAGUCACUGCAAGCACCAGUUGUGCGAACUUAGAUGACGCUAGAGUUCACUUACAAGUAGAGUUUCAAAGUUCAUAGAACACCUAAACUCUUCAUUUGGCUCCCAACUAAAGGGCGACAAGAAAUUUUGUAACAUACAGUCAGCAAUAGGGCAAGUUAUCAUAAGCCUUUCAACUUUUCCAAUUGACUUUCAACUUUGCUGCUUGCUAAGGUCAACAAACGUUUGAAAAAAAAUGCGACAUUAUGGUAACUUGGUGUGUUAUCGACUGUAUUAAACAACUAUUAGCGUAUAUACAUAUAACAAUUAAUUCAAAAUACUAGUUAUAAAACGGGUGAGCACCACGUUGGGCGCCAAGUGUUGGUUUCGCAUGAGGGUGUCUUAAUGCUAAUAAGCGUGUGUGAUGGCACGCGGCAGUCGAUGCGGACGAGAUCCGGCGGCUGGGCAAGAGGUUCCGCAAGCUCGAUCUGGACAAUUCCGGCGCGCUCUCCAUCGACGAGUUCAUGUCGCUGCCGGAGCUGCAGCAGAAUCCGCUCGUGCAGCGCGUCAUCGACAUUUUCGACGCAGAUGGCAACGGCGAGGUAGACUUCAAGGAGUUUAUCCAGGGAGUGUCGCAGUUCAGCGUUAAGGGCGACAAAUUAUCCAAGUUACGGUUUGCGUUUCGCAUCUAUGACAUGGACAACGAUGGCUACAUAUCUAACGGAGAGCUCUUCCAGGUGUUGAAGAUGAUGGUCGGCAACAACUUAAAGGACACACAGCUGCAGCAGAUCGUGGACAAGACGAUACUGUUCGCCGACAAGGACGAGGACGGCAAGAUUUCCUUUGAGGAGUUUUGCAACGUGGUGGGCAACACCGACAUACACAAGAAAAUGGUGGUCGACGUCUAAUCGCCCCUUUUCUUCCUUCCUUCCUACGUGCGACCUCUCGCUCUAGCUAGAUCACUAUUCAAUUGCGCAUUCGAAGAUUCGCGGCGUACGACACUUAUAAUAGCUAAUAAUUAUAAAGUCGGUUAUUUUUAAUAAGUUCAGAUCUUGAGCUGUAAUAAUAGUUAUCUUUCUGUCCUUUUAAAUGCGUUUUUGGUCAUUUACUGGAAAGUUGUGACGAUGCCGAUCGUAUGUAAGUCGGCCAGUGCCAUAUUAAAGGUUCCAACAUAUUUAUCUGUGCGCUGUAUGAGAUUGGUACACCCCGGCGGGCUCCGGGUAAACCGUCCUCGGUCAGUCAAUAGUCAAUUUAUUUGGGUAGUAGAGUCACGUAUUCAUUGAACCGCGAGUGUUUCGAAAUAAUGGACGCUGGUCAUGUCGAGCGAUUUGUAAUCUUUUCGUGUGAGAGUUGAAAAAUGGUGAUAUAUUUUCAACUUUAAGUAGGUACUUAUUAAUGUUUUGGAGCUGAUUGAUAACCACAGGAUUAUCGGAGUUUUUAACAACAAAGCAGUAUAAUUUUAAUAAAAUUGCGCUGGUUUUGAAGAAACUGAUGAAUUGGUUAUUCUUACUGCUAUUUGAUAAGAUAAGUAAAAAAUAUUAUUUUGUUUAUUCAUAUGGACUUGGUGCUUCCUAAUUGUUACGGGUAAGUACUAUUCUCGGUUUUUAUGUAAACAUUAAUGAUCAGGUCAUCAAAAUAAACUUGUUCACUUGUUGAGAUAUUGUAAGCGUGUGGUGGGUAGUUGGGCAAACGCCGAACGCAACGGUUCAUUGAACCCGUGACGUGACACCAGUGCGUACGCCGCGACCGAAAAAGCGCCUCUAUCGUAAUUCAUUUACAUUUUAUCUCUUAAGAUUUACAUAUGUUUACAAAUUAUUAUUAUAUAUACAGACAUAGAUACAUAAAUUAGAGAAAGUUUUAUCGUAGUCAAAUCAUUAUUAUUAGUUUUUUUUAUUAUUAUAGUUUUUGUUGUGGUAUUUUAAGUUGAUAUUGUUAUUUAGUGUUUUAUUUGUACACACGAUUGUUUUGGGCGGGCGCGGGGGGCACGGUAGCGGGUAGAUGCACGGUAGCGGUUCUCGUAGCCUCGCGUCUUCGCGACCCUCGGUAUCUUUACAAAUCUCGUUGCCUUACCUGUAUUUUAUACGAUAAUAAAAUAUAGAGAUCCUGAAUUUAGCGUUUAGCGUCUCGGUGUGAAUGUGGGAAUGGUGACGGUUUAAAUUACUUCACGGUGUCGGUGUCAGUAUACCUGAACGAUCGACGUUUGACGAAUGCACGUGUGUUAUGUUGCGAUUGUCCCCCCCCCCCCCCUUCCCCC